GAAGAACAGCGGUUUAGAACUGAUAGAACUAUCCAUGCAGUAUAAAUCAGUACAGUUACUUUAAGCGUCAUCUCCUUGUGGUCCAGUGUUACUACAGGAAGUAACCUAAUAAACUAAACUAACUUUACUUAUACUGUAUAGCUCUAUAAGUUUUAUACUGUUCCGACCCUAUAGGUCCAGUAAAGAUGAUCUUAUAUUGAUCGAGUGUUACAACAGAAGGAAACCUAAAGUAAACUAACUUUUUUUUAUACUUAUAGGUCCAGUAAGGAUUAUCUCUUAUCGAUCCAGUGUUUAUACCAUGGAUUGUAAAAUAACUUUAUAUGUAUAUAUAAUGUAUUUUAUUAUCCAUGGUUAUACAGGAGGAAACCUAAACUUAACUUUAUUUGUACUCGAAGCUUAGAGCUAUAAAGGAUAUUUAUAUUAUGCAAAGCCCGGCCAGACUGCAGAGUACGGCAGUUUUCGACGAGAUCUUGGGUGUGCAGAACAAAAAUUCAGGUGUGCAUGCAAGUGACAAGUGUGCAAUCCUAUGUUAACGUAGUCAAGUGUGCACUUGUAAAUAGCUACAAUUCUAAUGAUAUUUAAACAAUGAUUGUUUAUUACGAAGUUAAAAGUUUAAUAUUAUAACACAAAAUAACAUCUUUGUAAAAGGAAAAUGUGCAUGUCCUUGUAAUUGAGUUGUAAAUGGAAAAGUGUGCACUCGAAAAUGCCAUUUCCGACAAUGUAGAGACUCCAAAUUUCAAAAUUUUUUCGCGUGGCGCCAACCAUGGUGGCGCCUCGUGGAAUUAAUCUGACCAAUUGAAAGUUCUCGUGUGCCCAUGCUUACAUGCUAUACGGUUAUCAGUCAUGACAACCGGAUGAUCGCAAAACUCUGCUGUAGAUAGAAAUUCGAAACUUUAAUGUACAUUUUUCUUUUCAGCGCCCAUGAAUCAGCGUUCCCGAUUUUCAGAUGGUUGUUAUAUUACACUUGUCUUAGAAGUCCUUAUUUUAAUGCCUUACAAAUCUGGAAAACAUUUAAAAUGUGUGUUGAGUGUGCAAUACCAUUGGCCAAAAAAAAUCUCAAGUGUGCACUUGCCAGACUCUGCAGUCUGGUGCAAAGGUACAUCACCUUUAUUGAUCAAGUCUUGAUCAUCUGUUUCCAUUUCAUUCCGUUUUCCCCAACGUAGAUGUUGACCACUCGAUUGUUCCACCACAAAACUCAGGAUUAAACAAAAGAUAAGAAAACAAUCGCGAAAAAGAUCGCGAUCGCCAUUACAAAGAACUUUAUAAACCGCAACACGAAGGCCGACGCAAGGGUAGAGGAAACCAGUGGCACAGUUUAAUGAUAUUAUAUCAUAUCAUUAAACUGUGCCAGUGGCAUAGGCGUACGGGAAGGAAAAAAUUAGGGGGGCAGAAAGAAAUUUGCCCGACUUUUUCGGAUUGUGCCCGACAAGUGCCGAAAAUAUUUUUUUCCGGAACAAUUUAUUUUGGCGACCUCCCCCCCCCCCCUUUGUAUAUGCAAAGCUCAGUGGUGAAUAUUCACAACAUGCGCGUUGAAAGAUUGAAUAUAACGUUAGUCUAGCAAACAGAAAGGAUUGUUUUCCCAACCUCAGUUUCUGUCUUCUGUUUCUUUUCCACUUGUUUAAACAGUUCUUCUUCAAGUUCAAAGUUCGCCUGUAAUGGCGGGAAAUUCCACAUUCGAAUCCAGAUGCAAUUUUUAUUUCUGACUACCAAAAAUAGUAUCCAGAAACCAAAACUGUAUCUGGAUUGGUACACCGAUUGGUUCACCUAUUCGCCUCCCUUUUUUUCAGCAUCAUUCAACACUGCGAUGUCGGUGUCUCCAUAUACAUCCGUAAUUCCGUCAACUAAGGCGAAAAGUAAGAUGAGGAAAUUCCGGUGGGUUAAAAUUCCUCCAAAUAUAUUUGGUGUACCAACAUAAUCAGGGAUACGUGGUCCUGCUGAUCCAGGUAACGGUGGGGGAGGGGUGGGCCUGCAGAUCCAGGCAACGGGGGUGGGAGUGGAAUUGCUGAGCCAGACAAGUGUGGAGGUGGAGGAAUUGCUGAGCCAGAGGCAAAGGAGGUGGUGGCGGAGGUAGUGGUCCUGCAGAACCAUGGAAUGGGGGGCGGGAAGGCUGGUGGAGAAAUGGUAGGGCCAGGUAAAGGGGGAGGGGGACUUCCAGGAUUUGGCAACAAGAAUGAUCCCCUUAGAGGUGGUGGUGGUGGAGGGGGAACUGCUUGGGGGACUGGUGUAACAGGUGUUGAAUUCAAUCCUGGGGGUGGAAUGGCUGGUAUAGGAGUUGAAGAUAUUUUCAUCAUAUUACUUUCUUCCUUCGAUUGUUUUGAAAUAUUUGAUUCUUAUUGA